GCGUUGCUUUGGGCCCAACAUAUGUUGCGGGGAAUCCAUUGGCUGUCAUAUGAAUAACAAAUUGACGGCAGUUUGCAGUACUGAAGACUAUAGUCCUCAUCUCUGUACCAAUGAAGGUAAACAGUGCUCUAAUGGGAAAGGUAUCUGUGCUCUCGACUCAACCUGUUGUACAUCAGAGGGCUGUUUUGUUGACAAAAGAUGUCAAACAAAUCAAAUGAAAGGAUCCGUUGACGAGAAGAUUUGGUCCAAUUUUUUGGAUUCAACUUUUUAA